CUAAAGCUUCUAGCCCCUUGAACCCUCAGUUCAAUUAUAAAUACGCUUAUCUGAUCUCAUACUUUUAACAACAAAAUAUUCCCAUGCACUACUAGCUAGCUCUACAUUAGUCAAUAUGCAUUUUCUUUCUCAACUCCUAGCACUAUUUGUUCCUUUGUUCUUAGCCUUUUUUGUUGCUCGCAAAUACAAAAUUAGAAACAGAUCAAGCGCCCAUAAUGCAAAGAGUAAUAGUACUACUAUAUCAGCUAUUGGUGCACCUAAGGUUCCAGGCUCGUGGCCUAUCAUAGGUCAUCUCCAUCUACUUAACGGGCAACUUCCCGUCUGUCGAACCCUUGGUCUCAUGGCUGAUAAAUAUGGACCCAUUUUUCAACUUCAACUUGGAGCCCGUCCAGCUCUUGUUGUUAGCAGUUGGGAAAUGGUUAAAAACUGCUUCACAAAUGACAAUGACAAAAUAUUUGCAACUCGACCAAGUAUGGCAUUAAGCAAGUACUUUUACAACGGCAAAGUUUUUGCUUUUGCACCUUACGGACCAUACUGGCGUGACAUUCGUAAAAUGGUAACUCUUGAACUUUUAACCAGCACUCAACUUGAGAAACUAAAACAUGUCCGUACAUCAGAAGUGAAUUGUUGUAUUAAAGAAUUGUACUACUCAACUUUUAGUAAUAAUAGUAACGAUUUUCCUGCACAAGUGAACCUGAGUAGCUGGUUUGAGCACAUAACGUUUAAUAUAAUCAUCAGAAUGCUUGCUGGGAAGCGAUAUUUUUCAGGCAGCGUAAAUGAGAAGAGUGGAACAGAGGAAAUACAAUUCAUAAAAUCAAUAAAGAAAGCGUUGUUACUCCUUGGAACUUUCAUUGUUUCCGAUGCAAUUCCGUCACUUGAAUGGAUGGAUAUUGGUGGACACAUUAAAGCCAUGAAACAGACCUUUAAAGAAGUUGAUAGUGUAUUUGAUAGCUGGUUAAAAGAACACAUCCAGAAAAGAAAAGAUUGUGAUAUUAUAAAUUCAACUGGAGACCAAUCUGAUUUUAUCGAUGUGAUGCUUUCGACUCUACCUGAGGAAACCAUGGAGUCUGGAUACAACCGUGAUGCCAUUAUCAAGGCAACAACGUUGAUACUUAUCAUGACGGCCUCAGAGACCACCGCAGACGCAUUAAUAUGGGCACUGUCUCUGCUAAUGAACGACACUCGCUCAUUGAAAUUAGCCCAGAACGAGCUAGAUGAGCACGUAGGAAGAAACAGAUGGGUUGAAGAAUCAGACAUCAAGAACCUCCCAUAUUUACAAGCCAUAAUAAAAGAAACCUUACGUCUUUACCCACCUGGUCCUUUAUCAGGGCCUCGAGAGGCCACCGAAGACUGUUUCGUAGGUAAGUAUCAUAUUCGAAAAGGCACUCGUUUGACUGUCAACUUAUGGAAGCUUCAAAGAGACCCGCGAAUCUGGGAGGAUCCGGAUGAGUUUAAACCGGAGAGGUGGUUUAUGAAGGAACACGCGAAUAUCAAUUUUAGAGGACAGAGUUUUGAGUAUAUUCCGUUUAGCUCUGGAAGAAGAAUGUGUCCUGGUUUGAUGUUUGGCACCCAGGUGGUGCAUUUGACACUAGCAAGAUUACUUCAUGGAUUCAAUAUUUCGAUGCCAGGGGAGGAACCGGUUGAUCUAAGUGAGGAUUUGGGCAUUGCCUUGCCUAAAUUGAAGCCUCUUCAACCACUUCUUUCUCCCAGGCUGGCUGUGGAACUCUACCAAAGUCUUUGAGCAAGUAAACUAUCAAAUAAGUAGUACUAGUAUCUUUGUGUGUUUAUUUCAGUAUAAAAGGAUAAUGCAGUAUGAAGUGUGAUAUCAGAACCAAAAUGUUUAAUUUUGGGAUAAGUCAUUGAUGCCUUGUAUUUAUAAAUAAGACUUUUAUGUUUUUAAAUUACAAAAAAUGUACUCUUCG